UAUCUCAGAUAAAAAAGAAAAGAAAAAGAAGAAGAGAUAAAAUAAAAUAAAAAUUGAGCUUUCUUUCUUUCACUUCUUUUCUAUUUUUCUUUUUUGUCGAUGAUGGCACAUGGGCGGCAAGUGCCGUCUAGUGUAGGGUUAUAUAUUCAUGCACAUGCUUGACGUUUCAAUGAGACAACUAAUCUAUUCCGUCUUUUUUCCUGCUUUUUUAUCUGCAAACGGUAUCUGUUUUUAUCAGCUGUAACUGUUUUUUGGGAACCAGAAUUGGUUAGGCUGCCAGAGAUAUAGCUAGUUUCAUUAACAAGGUAGAUAAGAUUUUAAUGGACUGUAGGAAGGAAGGGUCUUCUUCUUCAUCUUCAUUCACAGCUGAACUUUUUGGCACCAAGGACUCACCACCUUCUUCUUCAACUGGGAUUUUUGCUUCCAUCUUUCCCCCUCCGGCCACGGUUUUAGGGAGGAAAUCUUCUAGCUCUGAGGUGAUAGGAUCUUGGCAAAAGCAGCCUUUUGGAAAUCAAGCGUGGAACACCAAACAUGGAGCUCCAGCUGCAACUAGCGAAGCAGCAAGCUAUAACAUGCCUAACAAGGACAAGAAUUCUAUUUUCAUGGAAGAAAAAGCAGAGCCAUGUCACCUAAGUUCAUCCCUUUACUAUGGUGGGCAAGAUAACUAUUCUCAGCCACCAAGUAGCCAUAUUUCUGGAUCAUAUCCUCCGUUCAAGAAAGAUGGGGGAGAAGAUGAUCCUAAUGGAAACAAUUCAAAUGAUGCUUCUAGAGGAAAUUGGUGGCAAGGUUCUCUUUAUUAUUAGGACCUUGCCUUCCAUUGGCAUAUGAAAACUCACUCUAUUUUUUAAGGAAAUCAAGAAGCCUAGGUGAGAAUAAUGGAAAACGUGCAAAAUAAAUAAGCAGCUGAUGUGGUUAGGUCAUGUCAGCAACUUGAAAUGCUCAUCCCAGUAAAGGCAUUCAAGUAACAUGAUUUUGAUAUGAGUUUAGCCUCAAUGAAAGACAUGUUGAAGAACUCUAGGCUGUUGAAUAUUGUUCUGAUGCUCUUUUUAUAAGCAUGUGAGAAAUAUCAAUACAUAGAUGAUUUCUGAGCC